AGAUGAAAGGGUUGAUGAAGUCGGAAGCCUCUUUUUCUCCCUUUAAAAAAACCCACCUCUCUAAUGCAUGUCAUGUAAAAAUGGAUUUAUAAUCUUCAGACCAUUGAUGGAACUUAUUUACAACUCUGUAGACAUACAUGGAUUUUGAAGUGAUCCCCAGAAAAUGGCUGUUUACUUGAGGAGAUUAGACAUUCAUGACUUAGUGUAAGGGACAGCUCAACUAAAGUUUAAAGAAAAAAGAGUGAAGAGUGACUGGUAACGUCCAAACAUGGCGCUGCACCAGGGGUCUCUGGCCAUUCUGGAGAACAAUGUCGGGGUCAGUGAUGCUGUGCUGCUGGACCCCAUGACAGAGGACGCCUUCAUAGAAAACCUCAGGCUGCGAUACCAGCACAACCAGAUCUAUACUUACAUAGGAACAGUGGUGGUUUCUGUUAACCCCUACAAGACGACCCCUCUGUAUACACCAAACAUCAUUGAGGAAUAUCGCUCUAGGAACAUUUACGAGCUCCCACCACAUAUAUAUGCCAUCACAGAUGAGGCGUACAGAUCUAUGCGAGACCGACAUUUGGACCAGUGUAUUAUCAUCUCGGGGGAAAGUGGUGCGGGCAAGACAGAGGCCAGUAAAGUGAUAAUGCAGUAUGUAGCUGAAGUAUCAGGGAAAGGAGAGAAUAUUGACACAGUGAAAGAACAACUGCUGCAGUCCAACCCUGUACUAGAAGCAUUCGGAAAUGCCAAAACCAACAAGAAUGACAACUCCUCCAGAUUUGGAAAAUAUAUGGACAUAGAGUUUGAUUACAAGGGCGAUCCUAUUGGAGGAGUGAUAACAAAUUAUUUAUUAGAGAAGUCCCGAGUAGCAGUUCAGAUGCAGGGAGAAAGGAACUUCCACAUAUUUUACCAGCUGUUACAGGGAGCGAAACUAAACACACUCGAGUCUCUAAAACUAACAAGGGAGAUAGAUGAUUACAGCAUAUUGAAAGGAACGGUCGAUGCUGAUGUUGCUACUAUGAAUGAUCAGAAGAAUUUUGACAUUGUAAUGCAUGGUAUGGAAGUGAUAGGAUUUUCCUCUGAGGAAGUGACUUCACUGUUCCAACUGAUUGCCAGCAUCCUCAAGUUAGGGAACGUGGAGUUCUCUCACAGAAGUAACGAGGACGGUACAGACGGAUGUGAUCUGAGUAACAUGGCAGCACUGGAUGAUGCAGCCGCCUUAUUGGGCUGUCCAUCAGCUGAUCUUAGUGUGGCCUUGACCCAGAGGAAAGUAGAGGUCAGGGGUGAAAAGGUUAAAAGAGAUUUGAGUGCAAAUGACGGAAUGUAUGCUAGAGAUGCCCUGUGUAAAGCUAUAUACAGCCGUAUGUUUUCCUGGCUAGUGGCCCGCAUUAAUGAUAGCAUCAAGGUGACCUCUGGAAUCAGGACAGAGGUCAUGGGUGUCCUCGACAUCUAUGGAUUUGAAGUCUUUGAAGAAAACAGUUUUGAACAGUUUAUCAUCAACUAUUGCAAUGAGAAACUCCAACAAAUAUUUAUAGAGCUAACCUUGAAAGAAGAACAGGAAGAAUAUAUAAAGGAGGGAAUCGAAUGGAUCCAUAUAGAGUACUUCAACAAUGCAGUCAUCUGUGACUUGGUUGAGAAGUCUAAUGUUGGGAUCCUGGCCCUUCUGGAUGAGGAGUGCAUGCGACCAGGAAACCCCACUGACUUGACAUUCCUAGAGAAGUUAAACCAGGCCUGUAAAGAUCACCCUCACUACGAGAGUAAAGCUCUGAAGAAGUGUCAGAAUGACAAAACCCUGACCCACGGCACAUUCCGACUCAAACAUUACGCAGGCAACGUGACUUACAAAGUGGAUGGCUUUCUGGAUAAGAACAAUGACCUCCUGUUCCGGCAUCUGUCUCAGGCCAUGUACCAGUGUAAACACUGCCUCAUGAAAGGGCUGUUCCCAGAGGGAAAUCCAUCUCAGAAGUCCCUGAAAAGACCAGCCACAGCAGGCUCACAAUUUAAGUUAUCUGUGACAGAACUCAUGAAGAAUUUGUCCUCAAAGAAUCCUAACUACAUAAGAUGCAUUAAACCAAACAAUUCAAAAGCAGCCAACAACUUUGAUGAGAAAUUGGUUCGACAUCAAGUGAGAUAUUUGGGUCUGAUGGAGAAUGUUCGAGUGAAGCGAGCUGGCUAUGCCUUCCGACAGAUCUAUCUUCAGUUUUUGUAUCGUUACAAAAUGUUGGCAGGUCCUACCUGGCCAAGAUGGGCUGGAAAACCCCAGGAAGGGGUCAAAAUUCUUCUGGAAGCUCAAGGGGUUCCAGAGGAUGAAUAUGCAUUUGGCAAAACAAAGUUAUUUAUUAGGAAUCCCAAAACACUGUUUGACAUGGAGGAGAAACGCAGGCAGCACAUGCAUGUUUUGGCGACAAAGAUUCAGAGUGUGUUCAAGGGAUGGAGACAGAAGACCCUGUAUCGUCUGAUGAAAAGAAGCCAGGUCAUCAUCAGUGCUCGCUUCAGAGGAUACUGGGGGCAGAAGAUGUACAAAAAGACCAAACAUGCUACCCUUGUGUUGCAAUGUUUUGCCAGAGGUUGGAAGGCAAGGGCUUUGCUCAGGAAAUUGAAACGAGAGAAGCUUGAGAUAGAAUCAGCUAAUGUGAUCAGGAAAUUCUACUUGGGUUAUAAAGCUAGAGCUUUGCUCAGGAAAUUGAAACGAGAGAAGCUUGAGAUAGAAUCAGCAAUCAUAAUCAGGAAAUUCUACAUGGGUUAUAAAGUCAGAAAGGAGUUCCAACCUAAGUUCCGUAGGAUUGCUGGUCCAAAGAUUGCUAGAUUCUUUGUUAUAGCCCUGCGAAAGAAAUUCCUACUUGACUUGAAAAGCAAGUUGCCGAGUUUAUCUCCAAUUGACAAAGAGUGGCCAGAAUGUCCAAAAAGAUUUCAGGCAGCAUCAGAUCAACUCAGAGUGAUGUACCAUGCCUGGAGGUGUCGAAAGUACAGAAGAAAAUUCAAUGAGGCGGAGAAAUAUAAAAUGAAGGAGAAAUUGAUGGCCAGUGAACUGUUCAAAGGCAAGAAGGACGGGUAUUCCAAAAGUGUGCCCAAACCAUUCAAGGGAGAUUAUCAGAAUAUUCUGGCAAAUGAAAAAUGGAAGAAAUUACAACGACAAAUCCCUGAAGACAAUCAUAUUGUGUUUGCAGAUGUUGUCCAAAAAGUUCAUCGCGCAAAUGGAAAAUCGGUGGAGCGGCUGUUAGCGAUAAGUUCUCAGAACCUCAUUCUGGUUGAGCACCAUAGUAUGAUGAUGAAGUACCGAAUCCCAAUCACCGAUAUCUCCGCCAUGUCCGUCAGUCCACACCCUGACAAUAUCAUUGUGUUCCAUAUACAGAGGCAUGAAAAUGGAGAUGGUUUGUCCAAGAAAGGUGACUUUGUUUUCCUGUGUGAUCAUUCAAUAGAACUUGUGUCCAAAGUCUGCCUGCUCAUCAAAAACCUUACUGAGAAAUUACCAGAGGUUCAUAUAGCUCCCAUGUUGAAAGCCCGGUUUGGAAAAUCAGAAGUGCAAUUGUCAUUUAAAAAUGGACUCGCAGAAAAUGUUCCAGGGGGUGUCAAAAUUGUUCGCAAGAAACACACAAUGGAUAUUUUGUACAACUCACCAACUCAAAAAUCGAGUUCGGGAUCAUGAUGGGGAUUUAGAAAUUUCCCAUGAUCCAUACAAGUUCUGCACCCUCGAAGAAAAGAUAACUUUUCACCAUGGCCAUUCUUCAAACGACAUCAUUAGGGAGAAGAUUUCGUAGUUAUAACCAAAGAGGAGGGCUGUGUUAGGAGGAGAUAUUAGGAAUUUUAUUUAAUUUACAUUUCUGUAAUAUUACAUGUAUGUAGUCCUGAGUCAGUAUUUGUUGUCAUUUUAUAUCUUUGUAAAUAUUACUGGUUUGAUACCUAUUUUUGUGUCCACAUUUAUGUAAUUACAUGACAGUUACCAUUUGUGUUUUGUUUAAUAUUUUUAUCAUUUUGUGAGAGUGAGUUCAGGAUAUAUUUGUGAUGUUGCAAUGACUUCUGGGAUUUUAAAAAAUUCAAGUCAUCCAUUCAAUGUAGUCAGUAUUUUAGGUAUAUAGAGAAUAAUUUUGUUUUGUAAACUGCCUGAGACAGAUAUUGUCAAUUAUUUUUGGUUUACAGUUAUGAUUUUACAUGUUAGGAAUAUGAAGUCAUAAAAAUACUUUUUUAGAAGAAAGAGUUUCUUGGUAUUGUAUGAUCUCUACAAGAUUUCACCUUCAAUAAUUAUUGAAUGAUUGUAGUAAUGGUUAUACCAUACUUUUAUAACUGCAUUUUUAUAUCUUUGACAUUAUUUUAAGAAUAUUUUAUAAUUUUUUGUCCCGGUUUCUACAAAGGGUACUUUUUACAAAUCUACAAUAAGUUUGAAACAAUUUAGAAAUUGACUUUGGUGCUGAUCUGUUAAGUUUCACAAUGUUUUAUUUAAUCUUUUUAAGAUAUAGAUCUGUUUUGUUAAAUGUCUCAUGUUAGUGCUUUCACUUUAUUUCUGAUUUUAAUUUCAAUCGUCAGUAUUUUAUUUUUUACAUAAUAGCUUUUACAGACAAAAUAAAGCUAAUCUGUGUUGUUUUAUAGUAAAAUGGUUGAUCUAUUUAUUAUGUUAGUUUGUAUGAUAGUGAAUGUUCCUUCCAAUAAUUGUUUUGUUGGUUUAACCAUUCAGAUUUGUUAUUAUGGCUUUAUAUGUAUAUGUUGUUCUCCCACCUUUAAAAGCAUCUACAAAUUCUAGUAUUAGACUUUCAACAAUAAAAUAAACUUUAUGAAUUUUUUAUUUUAGAAAAUUUACAAUUUUCACCUUGUGGUGCUAGGUUCAAUGAAUUUGCCCAAGCUUGGUAAAGGUUUGAGUUCAUAUUCAUGUAUUAUAAAUAAAGGUUUUAAGUACCAAAUUAGUCUUUGAACUUGUACACAUUUUAAGCCAUAUGUAAGAUGUCAUAUAUAAGACUGGCUCAAGCAUAAUGAUUUGCAGAUCUGAGUGAGAUCUGAAUUACUACUUUAUUGACAAUUCAUUUAUUUAUCCAGAGUAAGUGUAACAGUUGUAUGCAGUUUUUUUUUUAUUGUAUGAUUAGACAAAGUUUCUAAAUAAUUUACAUAUUGUACAACACCAUUAUGUUGUAUGGGAGAAUAAGAGGUGCCAUUUAAGAUCAAAUACCUGGAAAUCCAUUGCCUUUAUUAUCUUAAUCAUGAUCUCUCUUCAUUGUAAAUAGUCGUAGAUUUCUCUAGUCUUAAUCUCACAUACAUCUAAAAAUAGGUGUAGGCCAUAGUGCCAAAACCAACAAUGGCCUUGGACGUUAAACAGAUGAUUUUACAAUUGUUGUGUAAUUGUAAACUUCACAAACUUUGUUCUGCCUGUCUACAGUGUUACAGAGUAAGGCAAUGUUAACUUACAUGUUAGCUCAGAUCCAUGUUGUCUUAUUUGUGGAAGACUAACAAGUUUUCCGUAAAUCAUGCCAAUAUUGCAUACUCUAGAAUUCAUGUCAUAAUUAACCAGUGCAUUUAAAGAUACAUGUACCUUCAUUUGUAACAGAUUAAUCUUUGUUGGUCAGUUAGAACAGUAUGUCAUGUUCAUGUCUUAUUCUAAUACAGAAAAAAUGAGUUUGGAUGAAUGAUUGCUGUCAUAGUCAUUUUUAUAAAAGUUUUUUUGGUUGAUGAUUUUUGUGAUAUAAAUGUUUUGUGAUUUUUGUGUUGUGUUUGGUCAAGUUCCUCUUUUUUCUAAACAUGCAAAUAAACUGAAAUAUAUAGACACAAUAUACCCCACCCUACAAGAUCUUUAAAAUUGUGUGUUUAUUAAAAAGAACUGCAUAAGAAAAUCAACCAAUACUGAGUUAAUAAAUUUUGUACAGUAAGGAAGCUUGACGUUUUCCUUUCUCAGUAUAUUCUCACAUAUACAAUUUACAUAUUAUGUUGUCACUGAGCUAAAUCAAAUGUUUGAAUCAUGGGAAAUACUUGUACGUCAUCUAGAUAUUAUAAAUUAAUUUUGAAAGUACUUAAAAUAUGAAGAUAUUUGAGGUGCUGGAUUCAGUAGUUUCUGGUUGUAAACUAUUCUUCUGUAUUUUAGAUGUUAAAUCUUGUUUAAUUUAUACAGUACAUGUAUUAUGGAGUUAGAUUAGUAAUGCAAUGGUAAAGCUUACUAUAAUGUUUUACUUCGGUGUGAAACUAUGUUUUUUCUCCCCCUUUUCUUCAUGUAAUAAUGUGUCAGCUUUUAAGAUUUUCUAUGUGAUCUUACUGAUUUUUUUUUUUUUACAGACAUUGUGAUUUUUCAAUGGGACCUGUAUGUUACAUUGGUUGCUUGGACCAUUUUUACUUACAAUUGUACUGUUGUAUUCCUUGUAAACAGUGGUAUAACCAGAGAGGAAGAGAUAGUGUCAAUAAACUUUGUAGUAUAAAUGAA